CCUAAACGAAGAAGGUCGGGUGUUGCGCCUACAUUGAAAUGGAAAAUUUACUGAAAUAAAAAAAAAAAAACUAAAAAGAAAAACGAGAAAAUAUCGAAAACCUACUGCGACUGCGCAAAAGCCUUUAACGAAAAAGAAGAAUAUAAAAAACGGAAAUUGUGUUGAGAAAAAAAAAUUGGAAAAAUUUUGAAAACUAAUUUUUUCUCAAGUGAUUCAUAGUCAUAUUUCGGUUCGUAUUUCGGUUUCUAAGAAUCGCUCGCGACCAUGAAACGUUUGAAAAGUAUUGCCCGCAUUGCCUUCGACCUGGUGAUCUUUGUCGGCGUCUGCCUGUGCGAACUGGGAUUACGCAAAUGGCUAAAACCCCACAAACGAGGCUUCUUCUGCAACGAUGAGUCACUGCAGUAUCCCUAUCGUGAAAGCACCAUAACGGUGCCCAUGAUGGUGGGCAUUGUCUUGGCCGUGCCCUGCUCCGUGAUUAUGGUAAUAGAAUUAUUUAAGCAACUUUCUCCGCUGCCGGCAGCGAGCAGCUGUGAAAAACGCAAAUCACCACAAUCGAAUGCCAGCAAGCAGAGCGGUUGUCGUGUGGCCGAACGUUUGAUGCACUGCUAUGCCCAGAUAGGUUAUUACCUUUUCGGGUUGGCUUUGACACUGGUGGCCACCCAUAUAACCAAGAAGACAGUGGGUCGUUUGAGACCCCACUUUUUUGCCGUCUGCCAGCCACAAAUGCCGGAUGGUUCGACCUGCAAGGAUUCAUUUAAUUAUGGCCGUUACAUUGAGGACUAUCAAUGUUUGGGCCAAAAUCACACCGAGUCCACGCUGGGCCAGGUGGGCCAAUCAUUUCCCAGUGCCCAUUCGAGUGUUUUCUUCUAUUCCAUGUUGUAUUUGGCCUUUUAUCUGCAGGCUGCACUCAGUACCAGAGCCUCGAAACUCAUGAAACACCUGCUGCAAUUCACCUUCAUCAUGUUUGCCUGGUAUGUGGCCUUGUCGCGUAUCUCCGACUAUUGGCAUCAUUGGUCUGAUGUUUUGGGUGGCCUGAUCUUGGGCUGUGUCAUUGCCUAUAUUAUAAGUCACUAUGUGGCCCACAUAUUUGUCAGAAGACCCAUGCGUUUGAAUUCGAAUGUGGCGCCCAAGCCGCCAGCCAAACCUUCGGCGUCACCGGCCAAUUCCUCGGGUAAGACCAAUUCCUCACCGCCCGUCUUGCCAGCCUAUACAUUUGGUACACUGCCUUACUUGCCACAUCCCCAUGCCACAGCAGCAGCGGUGGCUGCCGCCGCGGCCCAACAGCAAGCCCAAUAUGCUCAAACCUAUCACAAUUAUGGUUAUGUGCCAUAAAGGAGUGAAAGUAGUCAAUCGUCUCAACGUCAUCAGCAUCAACGUCGUAUCCAUCCCCAAGAGGAAUAAUUAGCAUCAUCAUCCUCAUCAUCAUCAACCAGCCAAGCAGCCAGGCCGACUCAAGCUGCAUGUCCCGACUGCAUGCCUCAACGACAACAAAGCUGCAGUUUCGCCAAAAUCUGGAUUUUCAUUUUUGGUUGAAAAAUGAAAACACCCAACCAACCAACCAACUCUCAUGCCGAACGCAAAGGAAAAUCAUUGGCGAACCAAUGAAAUUGCGUGUAAAAACAACAACAAAUUGUUUUUCUUCAUUUUCGUUAAUGAUAUUUUGUCUAGUUGUAAGCGUUUAUUUAGCUAUUUUUUUUUUGUUUCUUCUCUAAUUUUGAAUUUCAAUUUGGCCUGUAAAUUCUUGUCUUAACCAUAUUUGGUUAGCCACCAGCCGCUGUCCAAAAGAAAAACGAAGCAGACAAGAAAAGCUUGCGAAUGCAGAAGUGAGUUGAUCACGUUGCAUGGAAUGUGUUGCAAUGGGGUUGUGUGUUCGAUGCCAGCUGGGUAUUGGGGGUAGGGAAAAGUGCAAUGCAAUGCUUAAAUAUGGGAGUUUGAGACACGAUUCUGCAUUUGAGAAGAGUUUUGAGAAAGGCAUAGUAAUUCAGCAAGCGUUUUAUAGAGGAAAAGUCACUUCAUCGAAUUUUUUACUCAAAAAAGCAAAUUUAGUUUAAUUUUUAAUUUUUUUUUCUGGAUUGGAAAUAAUUUUCUUGUAGCAGAGAAACAGAAAAAUGUUGGGAAAAUAUUUGAAGGAUUUUAAAUGAAAAGGGCAAUUUAGUUAAAAAAAAAAUCAAAAAUGGACUGAAUUUUUUAAGGAGAACCUAAGUAGUCAUAACUAAGAAAUUAAUCACUUAAUUUUUUUUUUAUAAAACUAAAAUGAAAAGAAAAUCGGAAUUCAGCUAGUUUUUUUAGUGAGAAUCUAGGGUUUCUUACAAAAAAGAAAUUGAAGCUAUAAAAAGGGUUGUCUGUAGACAAAAAAAAAAUCAAUUCGAUUUUUUCAAUUCGAAAUAAAUCACUUAAUUUUUUUUUAUAAAGCAAAAAUGGAAAGAAAAUCGGAAUUCAGCUGAAUUUUUUAGUGAGAAUUUAGAGAUUCUUACGAAAAAAAUUCAAGCUAUAAAAAGGGUUGUCUGUAGACAAACAAAAUCAAUUCGAUUUUUUCGAUUCGGAAUUAAUCAAUUAAAUUUUUUUAUAAAGCAAAAAUGGAAAGAAAAUCGGAAUUCAGCUGAAUUUUUUUUAAUGAGAAUCUGGGGUUUCUUACGAAAAAAUGUAAGCUAUAAAAAGGGUUGUCUGUAGACAAAAAAAAAAAAAAAAAAUAAUUUAGGUUUUUUUCGAUUCGAAAUAAAUCACUUAAAUUUUUUUAUAAAGCAAAAAUGGAAAGAAAAUCAGAAUUCAGCUGAAUUUUUUUAGUGAGAACCUAGUGUUUCUUGCGAUAAAAAAAAUUGGAGCUAAAAAAGGGUUGUCUAUAGACAAAAAAAAAAAAAAAAAUCAAUUCGAUUCGAAAAUCGGAAUUCAGCAGAUUUUUUUUCAAAGAUAAUCUAGGGUUUCUAACGAAAAAAAAUUGAAGCUAUCAGUAGACAAAAAAAUCAAUUCGAUUUGUUCGAUUCGAAAUUAAUCACUUAAAUUUUUUCAUAAAGCUAAAAUUGAAAGAAAAUCGGAAUUCAGCUGAUUUUUUUUUUUUUUUUUUUUUUUUUUUUUGAUUGAGACUCUAAGGUUUCUUAUGAAAAAAAAAAUUGAUACUGCAAAAGGGUUGUCUAUAGACAAAAAAAAAAAUUAAUUCGAUUCGAAAUUAAUCACUUAAAUUUUUUAUAAAACAAAAAUGGGAAGAAAAUCGGAAUUCGGCUGAUUUUUUUUUUGUUUUUCUAGGGUUUUUUAAGGAAAAAAUUUGAAGGUAUAAAAAGGGUUGCCUGUAGACAAAAAAAAUCCAUUCGAUUUUUUUUUGUGGCAAAAAUCAAUUCUGCUCGUUUUUUAAAUAGAGAAACCCAAUUUAGUCAGACAAAGAAGUCCUCAAUUCAGCAAAGUUUUAGGCUAGGUUUUAGUAGAAUAAAGAAGAAGAAAAAAUAUAAUUUUGCUAAAUUCCUACAACGAAGCCCUCAAUUCAGCUAGGUGUUUACACUAAUUCGGCAAGGUUUUUUUUUAUAGCAAACAAUUCAGCGAAAAUUUUAAAAUGAAACGCUCGAUUAAGCUUAGUCUUGAAGAACUCGAUUCAGCUAGGCUUUCACCAAGAACUAUUUAAUUUAAAUAGGUCUUAAAGCCAAAAAUUUAAUUCAGCUAGGUUUUUCAAAAUACUUUAUACAGCUAGGUUUUUAUAACAAAAAAAAUCACCUAGGUUUUUAAAAGAAGGCUGGAAAAAUCCAAUUCAGUUAAGUGUCCAUAAGUAGUCUUUUCAGCUAGUUUUUUUAAAGGAAACUCUGAGUCAACAAAUUUCAUUAACAGAAAAUACCGUAGCUCUCAAUAUUUCCUAUUGAACGUAUUGAAUCAGACAAUUUGACAAAUAUUUCCGAUACAAUGCGAAA